AUGGUGCAAGUUGGUAGGCCUAAAAGGAAAGAGAAAUCAAUCACAUGCUCAAAAUCCAAAAAACUUGGGAAUAAAAAAAGGAGUUGCAAAGGUCAGAGUAGUGCAAGUGGUACGGGUCAAACCAAUGCAAGUGGUGCAGGUCAAAGUAGAGCUAGUGGUGCAAGUCAAAGCAGUGCAAGUGUUGUUGGUAAGAAGAGACCAAGUGGGGAUGGGAAGAGCAGUGCAAGUGGUGUAGAUCAAAGGAAAGCAACUAGUGCAAGUGUUGUUGGUAAGAAGAGACCAAGUGGGGCUAGGAAGAGAAAUGCAAGUGGUGCUGAUAAGAGGAGACCAAGUGUGACUAUGAAGAAGGGCAAGACAGCAGAUUGGAAGCAUCGUACUUGUUUUAUUUUGUGGCCUAAUGUAAUGGCUUUUUAG